AUGUUAGCCUGUGGUAUCCAGAGCCUGGGGGUAGGUCAUGGGACCAGGUCAGAGGUCAGGGGGCGUGUCCAUGGGCGCGUCCACAGGUGUGAGGUUGACGGCUGUUACAAGGAGUACACCAAGAGUUCCCACCUCAAGGCCCACACACGCACACACACAAGUGAGAAGCCAUAUAAGUGCACGUGGGUCGGGUGCACGUGGCAUUUUGCCCGUUCUGACGAGUUGACCCGCCACUUCAGGAAACACACGGGGGUGAAGCCAUUCAGGUGUGGCGACUGUGACCGCUCCUUUUCCCGCUCAGAUCACCUGGCCCUGCACAGACGCAGACACACACAGAGCAGCGGACAGACGGACAGGCACACAGAGCAGCGGACAGACGGACAGGCACACAGAGCAGCGGACAGACGGACAGGCACACAGAGCAGCGGACAGACACUGGGACAAACAGUAGAUGGACUGUUGUAGCCUACAAGUGGAUGGAUGGAUCAGUGGACAGAACAGUAGGAUGGAUCCACUAAGACUGAGAUGCCAGCCAGUUCAUUCAACACGUUUUUAAACGCAGAUUGAAAGAACAAGUGCCAAAUUGCUUUUGUCAAAUGUAUUUUAUUCUGUUUUCCAAACAUAUUAAACUGUGAA